CGGACCAGGGCACGAACCCAUGUCCCCUGCAUCGGCAGGCGGACCCUCAACCACUGCGCCACCAGGGAAGCCCUAUUUUUAUUUAUUUUUAAGAAUGUAGACCUGGGCAGGAAUCCAGGAAGGCUUAAUCAGGGCUCUCUGGGUGUGCGCCUAUGGUAACACGCGUGGUUUACAGACAGGGCCCAAGACUGAAGCCCACUCUACCCCGGGCUCUGGAGGAAGCCUCCUGCUUGCCCACAGCAAACCCACCAGAAGUUACCAUCCAAAGGGUCUUAGCUCCAAAUGGUCCCCUGAGGAGGGUUGGGCUUCCUCCAGCAAACAGCCCAGUUGGGCCCCUACUCCGACCCGGACACCUCUCUGAAGCCAGGGCUUUGUGUCCCCAGGGCAAGAUGAGGACAGUCGCAGGUGGACUGGGGGGGUGCGUGGCGGGGACCAGCAGCCAGGUCUGUGUGAUGGCAGGGACCCCGCCCACCCCGUGACACCAUGGAGUUCACCUUCAGGCUGCACCAUUCUGGGCUUCGUUGUGACUGUAAUGUAGGGGGUGACGGGGGCAAAGUGCAGGGAGUGACAGAGCAAAGCGCACACCCAGGGCACUGAACGGCAGCUUGAACCUUAGCCUCACUCCUGGCUAACAGCCAGCAGAACUCCCCUGGCGCCCCUCACCCACCGGGCCGCUCUCCCUUCCCUGCAGAAAUCAGCCCUCCCGGCUAUUUAAGGUGAGUCCUUCCCCCUUGGCCCCUUCUGCGUGCUCAGCCAGUCAGGGGAAAGGUGCCUCAGGUCGGCCCGUGGUUAGGUGCUCCCUGGGACCUGGGUGGCUGCCGACAGGAGGGUGUGGCCCCUGCCCUGGUGGAGUUCGUGGCCAGUCCCCUGGGUGUGGCCACCACACCUGUCCCUCCUGCCUUGUGCCCAACGGUAGCUGAUGUGAAUUGAUGGCAUAUGGCUCAGAGGGUGAAUCAUCCCGUUCCUCUUUCCUGAGCAUGGGAACUCGGCGGCCUGGGGUCCCAGAGGAGCCCUCAGUCUGUGGGGAAAAUAGCGCCUCAAGAGCCAAGCCUGGCCCUGGAAGGCUUCCUGGAGGAAGGGAGACAUGAGCAGGCCAGUGGUUUUCUGAGUGUCUGAUGCUCUGUGCAGCUAGCUGGCCACUGUGGCGGAUGCUACCUGGACGUGGGGCAUCCAGGCUCAUCCUCUCCCUGGCCCAGAGAUCACACAGCCUGCUGGCACCACACAGUCGAUUUGGGGAAGACAAUCCUGGUCUAGGGUGUGGCACUAGUGCCUCUGGGCCUCAGCGUCCCCAGCCAGCGCUGUGGAGGAGCAAAAGUGGGGGACCCUGUAAGCGAUGCCAUCUGGAGGUCGGCUCGCAGACCGAGAGACUGGGUGCCGAUGGGUGCUCUUUAAACCAGGGUCCUUUAAGCCGCCCCAAGCACUUGCCCCCCCCAGUGCCAGACUGGCUCAGGGUCAGAGACCCUGACCCCCGGGGCGGGGGCUGGGCGGUGUGCGUGCUUGUGGUGCGUGUGCGCGUGCGUUGGUGCGGCCUGGCGCACCCCGUGCGCACCCACCGGCGCCUCGAGCUCAGCGCCGCGGCCCGGCCCGCCGCCGCGUGUCGUUGCAGCGCGCUGCAGGAGCAGAAGGGCGAGCUGCGCAAGCGGCUGUCCUACACCACGCACAAGCUCGAGAAGCUCGAGACCGAGUUCGACUCCACCCGCCACUACCUGGAGAUCGAGCUGCGCCGAGCGCAGGAGGAGCUGGAGAAGGUCACGGAGAAGCUGCGCAGGAUUCAGAGCAACUACAUGGCGCUGCAGAGGAUCAACCAGGAGCUGGAGGACAAGCUGUACCGCAUGGGCCAGCACUAUGAGGAAGAGAAACGAGCGCUUAGCCACGAGAUCGUCGCCCUCAACAGCCACCUGCUGGAGGCCAAGGUGACCAUCGACAAGCUAUCGGAGGACAACGAGCUCUAUAGGAAGGACUGCAAUCUAGCGGCCCAGCUGCUGCAGUGCAGCCAGACGUACGGCAGGGGCCAUAAGGUGUCCGAGCUGCCCUCAGAGUUCCAGGAGCACGUGAGCCUGCACAUGGAGAAGCAAGGCUGCAGCCUGCCCUCCCCGCUCUGCCGCCCGGCCUACGCUGACAGUGUCCCCCCCUGCGUCCUCGCCAAGGUGCUGGAGAAGCCAGACCCCGGCAGCCUGUCCUCCCAUCUGUCGGAUGCCUCAGCCCGUGACCUGGCCUUCCGCGACAGGCUGGAAAAGCCGGGCCCCCGGCCCCCCUACAAGGGGGACAUCUACUGCAGCGACACGGCCCUCUACUGCCCCGAGGAGCGGCGCCGUGACCGGCGGCCCAGUGCGGACGGGCCCGUGACCGACGUGGGCUUCCUGCGGGCCCAGAAUUCCACUGACAGCGCGGCCGAGGAGGAGGAGCCCGAGGCGGCGGCCUACCCCGCGGGCUACCGGCACGGGGCCUUCGGGGGCUACGCGGCCUCGCUGCCCACGUCCAGCUCCUACUCGAGCUUCAGCGCCGCGUCGGAGGAGAAGGAGCACGCCCAGGCCAGCACGCUCACCGCCUCGCAGCAGGCCAUCUACCUGAACAGCCGCGACGAGCUCUUCGGCCGCACGCCGCCUGCGGCCUACGGGAGCAGCCCGCGCUAUGCCUCGGCCGCGGCUGCGGUGGCCGCCCCGCUCGAGGCCGAGGCGGCCCCGGGGUUCGCGAGGACUGUGUCGCCGUACCCCGCCGAGCCCUACCGCUUCCCGGUCUCCCCCGGCCCCCAGCCCGCCCUGAUGCCCCCCAACCUGUGGAACCUGCGGGCCAAGCCGGGGUCGGCCCGGCUGGCCGCAGAGGACGUGCGCGGCCAGUGGCGGCCGCUGAGCGUGGAGGACAUCGGCGCCUACCCCUUCCCGGCCGCCGCUGCGGCCGCCGCCGCCCCCGGGCGCGCCUCGCCCGGCGGCUUCAACGACCGCUACUUUGGGGCCGGAGGCGGCCCGGGCGAGAAGGCCGAGGGCCGCGCCAGCCCCCUCUAUGCCAGCUACAAGGCUGACAGCUUCUCGGAGGGCGAUGACCUCUCCCAGGGCCACCUGGCCGAGCCCCGCUACCUCCGGGCGGCCGGUGACCUGAGCCUCAGCCCCGGCCGCUCGGCUGAGCCCCUGCCCAGCUACGCGGCCAGCGAGGGGGAGCGGGAGAGGCUCGGGGUGCAGCUCUGUGGGGCGGGGGGCAGCCCCGAGCCCGAGCACAGCCCUCGGAGCUCCAGGGAUUCCCUGGAGCCCAGCUCCAUGGAGGCCUCCCCGGAGAUGCACCCCGGCGCCCGCCUCAGCCCCCAGCCCGCCUUCCCUCGGACUGGCGGCUCGGGGCUCAGCCGCAAGGACAGUCUCACAAAAGCCCAGCUCUACGGAACCCUGCUCAACUGAGCACCCACGUGCAGGCCUCGGCCGUGGCCACCCCGCACACCGGGUCCCGAGGGGUGCUGCCUCGCCUCCCUGAUACCCGUCCUCCCGGCCCCGCAAACGAGGACCCCGUUGAGCCGGGGGAGGGGGCGCACCCCACCCACGUGUCUCGUCCGCCCCCGCACCGCCACGGUGGACCGUUUCUCACACAGCAGCCUCCUUCCCCACCGGAGAUGAGCAUCCCCCCUUUUAUAAAGUGCAACUAUUUUUAUAGAGCAAAAGGGUCUUUCUUAACGCACUCAGCCUCCAGCUCCCUGGAUGGUGGCCUAGGCGUUUUCGACGCGACGCUCCUUGAUUUUCGGGUGAGGGUGAGUGGGGCCUGCCCCUCAGAGGGAAGGACGGUGUCCUGCGGAGACCCCCCGCCAGCCAGUGACAAGGGAACCCUGACGCUCUGUCCACAAAGAGGGGGACUGGAACGGGUGGAGGGAUGUGUAACGUUUUCAGCUGUUCUUGCCGUGUGGCCGACGACCGACCACCCCCCAGCUCCCCCGUGGUCCGUAGUCCCAAGUGGGGCCGGUGCUCGUCCCCCCAGUGUCCCGCUCCCCGGUACCACCUCGCUCUACCUCAGAUGUAAUGAGGCCCUCCGACCCCGGUUUCUGUAGCUUGCUUUCCUGUCGUCUGUGAUGCAUGCCCCGUCUCAGUACUGUAUUUUGCAUUCAUUAAUAAAAGACGUCAGUGGAAAGAAUUUGGGUUUGGGUAGUUUCUUCUCUCCCCUGCCUUUUGAUCUCGGGACGUGUGGCCUUGGGUGUCUCCCCCCAUCCUCCCCUCUCUGAGGCCAGGGCAGCCUGAUGAUAACACUCCUCCCCCGCCCUGGCACCGUGUUGUCCAGUGUUUGAAUUCUUCCAUCGUCUCAACCCACUAAACGUUGUUAUUGCCAUUUCAUACAACGUUCCUUAUAGACUUUGCUUCUGCCUCAAGCUUCCUUAGGAUGUCCUUUAGUUCGGCUCUGCUGGUGACAAACUCUUCUGGGUUUUUUUUUUUUUUUUUGCUCUGAAGAUGUCUUUGCCCCAUUUCUGAAGGAUAUUCUCACUGGGGAGAAUGUCAGCGGGGGUCUCUUACCCUCAGUGCACAGAGAUGUCCCCUGGCUUCCUGCUGGGGUGGGACUCACCAUCAGUCCCCCCCCUUCCCAGGAGUUGUUCCUUUGGUGCUAAUCUGUCUUCUUCUCUCCAGCUGUGGAAGAUCUUCCCUUUGGUUUUCUGCAUUUCCCUGAGGUGUGUCUCGCUGUGGAUUCCUCCUUGUUGGGAAUUCACAGGGAGUCUUGCAUCUGUGGAUUGGUGUAUCUCAGUAGUUGAGGAAAAUCCUCAGCUGCUUCUUAAACUAU